CACUUAAGAGUUCAUACAGAAGAAAAACUUUUAAGCUGCUCAGUUUGUACAAUAAGUUUCAGUAACAGAAGGAAUGUGUACCAACACAUGAUAAUCCACACAGGGGAGAAACCCUUCAGUUGUUCUGUCUGUGGUAAAAGAUUCACACGAAGCUCAAUUUUGACCUCACACUUUAGAGUUCAUACAAAUGAAAAACCUUUCAGCUGCUCAGUUUGUAAAACAGGUUUCAGUGACAGAGGGAAUUUGUCCAAGCACAUGACACUACACACAGGGGAGAAUCAAUACAGCUGCAGGGUUUGUGACAGAAAAUUCACUCGGCUUUAUCAGGUCAAAAACCACCAGUGUGUUGGUCGUCAGUCCUCACAGCUGCAUCAAAGACAAACUGAACAGAUGAAAACAGAAGCUGAGGGAGAGGACUGUGGAGGACCAGAACCAGCCAGGAACUCAAAUCCAGAUAGACAUUUACAACCAGCUACUCAUGACAAGACGUCAGACUCCUCUGGACCUGAGACUGAUGACAGUUGUGAUUGCGAGGAGACCAGGAAACCUCAGUCAGGUUCAAACCCUCUGCAAAACAAUGAAGUACCUGUAAGUGAUCAGGAAUGUAAUACUGGAAAAACAUCAAGUACCUCCUCUGAAUGUGCUACAAGCUUUGGCAACAAGGGACAUCUGCAGGAACACAAUGGAAACCAAACAGGAGAGAAACCAUUUAGUUGCUCAGUUUGUGGUAAAAGAUACCUUGGGAAGAAUUCCUUAAGGACUCAUAUGAGACUUCAUUCAGAAGGAAAACGUUUCAACUGCUCAGUUUGUAAAAAGCCUUUUCCAUGGAAAGUAGAUGUUGUGAUGCACAUGAGAAUCCACACAGGGGAGAAACCCUUUAGUUGUUCUGUCUGUGGUAAAGGAUUUGCACAAAGCUCACAUUUGACCUCACACUUCAGAGUUCAUACUGGAGAAAAACCUUUCAGCUGUUCAGUUUGUAAAACAAGUUUCAGUGACAGAAGGAAUUUGUCCAGACACAUGAUAAUCCACACAGGAGAGAAACCAUUUAGUUGCUCAGUUUGUGGUAAAGGAUUUGCACAAAAGACACAUCUGAGACAACACAUGAGAAUCCACACAGGGGAGAAACCAUUUAGUUGCAGCGUUUGUGAUAAAAGAUUCAGUCGGCUCGCUAAAAUGAAAACCCACAAGUGUGCUGGUGAGAGCAGUGGAAGUAAAUAAAGCUGCAGAGAUGCUUGUUGAGCCGAUUACUUCCUGCAGGAUUGAAGUACUGACGGCAAGACUUGGCUCAACACUAAUCAGUUCAAAACUGUGAUACAGACUCCAAAAUAAGUCGUGCUUAUUUAAAUUCUGUUUUUUGUGUGUGUGUCAUCAUUAUUUUGUCAUUUUCUGGGAACUGUGCUUUUUGGUAUUACAUGUGUUUGUUGUUUUAAAAGUAAUUUAUGUCCUCAAACAAACCUGACAACCUAGCAGAUAGGCAGGAGGUACCAUAGUAGUCUUAGUAACUCGAGCCACAUGACAGUACUUGUAAACAGUGAAAUAGCACCAUGCCAAUAGGAACAGGAUUUCAUUGGACCGUGGCCUAGGCUCCUAAGCAGUGCCCAGAUUGAC